AUGCCACGAACCGCAAACCCCACCACUCAAACGGGCGAGAGCUCACGCUCGAACUCAUACAACAGUGAGGGAGAGCAUUCGCACGAGCAAGACUAUUCCGUCACCGACUCCAUCACCGACGACGACGACGAGUGGGAAGACGAGUACGACCAAGACGUUCACCCGUCCGACUCGGCGUCGGCCAGCAACGACUAUCCCCCUUCGCGGCCCCGCGCCACCAGAGCCGCGCCGCGACGCCAUCGAGUGGCCCGACAACAACACCACUACGCCCAGGUGCAGGCGCCCGCACCAAACCCGCCCAGCGUGGAUCCCUCCGAGGAUUACGGCGGCCAUUAUGGCCCGGCCUAUCAACCGCAGCACGCGCCUCGCGGCAACUUUUACGGCGGCCGCGGCGGCCAUGGCCAACACCCCUUUCAGCAGAACCACUACAUGGGAGGCUAUCCCGGCGGGAACCAAGUGAUCCCCUACGGGGGCUACGGGCCCAACCCGAACCCGUUCAGUCCCAUGAGCACCAGCUCGAGCGGCGCCAGCUACUUCGGCGGGGAGCCUCCGCGGCACAUGUAUGAUGUGAUGCCGUACCAGCACGGGUAUUACGGCCCCCCGGCCCAGUACAACCUGCCCGCCCACAUGCAGCAGUUCCACCUGUCUCAGCCGCCGCCGCCGCCGGCUACGGAAGCCCCAGCCCCAGCAGCGACCCCUGCGCCCAAAGAGCCUCCCGUGGAUAUCGAGAAGAUCAAGAUGGAGGCCAAGAUCGCAGCUCUGCAGGCACACGAAGAGAAGCAGCGAGCGCUCAACGAGCAGCGGGAGCGGGACGCGCAGAUCCGCAAGGAAGCUGAGGAAGCGUUCCUGAAAAAGAUGGACGAGAUGAAGAAGCAGCAAGAGGAGGCUCAAAAGGAGAUUGCGCGAGCCAGAGCCGACGCAGAACGAGCCGCCGUCGAGAGGGUCGAGGCGGAGAGGAGGGCCGCCGAGGAGAGGCGGAAGCAGGAAGCUGAGGCCAUGAAGAGAGCUGAAGAGAAUGCGCUGAAGAAGGUCGAGGCCGAGAUGAAGGCGGCCGAAGAGAGGAGAAAGAGAGAGGCGGAAGAGCGCGUCAGGAUCGAGGAGGCGGCCAAGGCUCGCCUCGAAGCCGCCAUGAAAGCCGAGGCUGAGGCAAAGGCAGCCGCUGAGAAGAAAGCCGCCGAGGAGGCAGAGCGGCUGAAGCUGAUCCAGGAAGACGCCAAGCGCAAGGCCGAAGCCGACGCCGCCGCCAAGGUUGCCGCCGAGAAGGAGGCCGCGGCAAAGGCAGCCGAAGCCGAAGCGGCGGCCAAGAAGGAGCACGAGGCUCUCACGAAGAGGAUCCAAGAGGAGACCAAGGCCAAGCUGGAAGAGGCCGCCGAGGCCGCCAAAAAGACGACGAACAAGGCGCCCAUCAAGUUCAAGGACGCCGUGGGGCGGAAGUUCAGCUUCCCGUUCCAUCUCUGCAAGACCUGGCAGGGCAUGGAAGAGCUCAUCAAGCAAGCGUUCCUGCACGUGGACGUCAUCGGACCGCAUGUGCAGCAAGGCCAUUACGACUUGAUCGGGCCAAACGGCGAAAUCAUCCUGCCUUCCGUGUGGGAGAGGGUGAUUGAGCCGGACUGGUCCAUCAGCAUGACGAUGUGGCCGGUGGAGAAGAUGCCGCCUGUCGGCCCCAAGUUUCCCCACGGGAUGAUGCCUGGGCCGGCUGGCGGGCGGCGGGGACACAUCGGCGGCGGCGGCAUGCCCAUCCCCCCACCCAUCCCCGGAGUCCCACCCGCCGGACGUCGCCCCGGAGUCAGCGUGCCACCGGCGCCUGGCUGGCCCGGGGCCGCCGGACGUCGUGGCGAGCCCGAUAUUAUCAACGUUGGGCCGCCUCCGACCAAGGGCAGCAAGAGCAGCAGCAAGAGGAACUCGGCUAUGCUUACCUUCUUUGCAGGCAAGCCCACCAAGAAGAAGGGAUGA